AUGAAGUUCGGUAAAGGAUUACUGCGCGAGAUUCUGCAGAGCAACCCGGAGUGGGCGCCGUUCUGGCUCAACUACAAAACGCUCAAGAAACGCAUCAAGGCCGUGACUAGCGCAGCGCACCACGCCACCGAUCAACGCGAUAUCUCUGAGUCCGACCUGGAGGUGGCCUUCUUUCGCGACCUGCAGACCGAACUCAAGAAGAUCUCGCUCUUUUACGCUGCAGAGGAAAAGCGGUACUCCUUCCGCUUUCUUCAGCUACGGUCAGUGCUCAAGGGCCUCAAGGCGAGAGGAACGAUUGAUGCAGUCGACGCGCAGCGCCUCAUGUAUGCCUUUGUCCACUUCUACCGCGAGUGCAUUCGCUUGGAAAACUACGCUGUCCUCAACUACCAGGGCUUUUCAAAGAUUCUGAAAAAGCACGACAAGAUGACGGGUUACAACACGCGGUCAAAGUACAUGCGGCGCAAAGUGAACUUGACGUCGUUCUCGAGUUGCCCGAGUUUGCUGCAGAUCUUGUCGAGCAUCGAAGAAAUGUUCCGCGAGGUCGAGCGCGCUACCGUCAAAGCCGAGCACUAG